CUUUCCAGUAGACCUGGGCUAUUGUUGCGGUUGUUCUCCACCUCUCCGUGCAACGCUGGCAAGUCUCAAAGUCGCCACAGGUGCAGGUUGGGAUGGGAGGCACCAAGGAUUGGUAAAAUGCCCCUGAUUCAGUGCCUCCACUUAGCUGCAACAACACGUUAAUCCGAACUGCCUGGCAUCUUCCUAAACAAGACUUUCAAUAGGGGCCAGUAUGCUUCGCUUCAUCCAGAAGUUUUCUCAAGCAUCUUCAAAGAUGCUGAAGUACUCUUUCCCAGUGGGACUAAGAGCCAGCAGAACAGAUAUACUUUCUCUCAAGAUGUCUCUCCAGCAGAACUUUUCCCCAUUUCCAAGGCCUUGGCUUUCCUCAUCGUUUCCGGUGUAUAUGAGCAAGACACAGUGCUAUCAUACAUCCCCCUGCAGCUUUAAAAAGGAGAAGCAAGCACUUCCAGCCAAGUCACCAAGCACCAUCAGUUACAUAACUGACAGCCCAAAGCCAGCAUUAUAUGUAACUCUGGCAGGACUAAUCCCCUUCGUUGCUCCACCACUGGUCAUGCUGAUGACAAAAACUUAUAUUCCCAUAUUAGCUUUUACUCAGAUGGCUUAUGGAGCCAGUUUCCUAUCUUUCUUGGGUGGGAUCAGAUGGGGUUUUGCUCUACCAGAAGGUAGUCCAGCCAAACCAGACUACCUUAAUUUAGCCAGCAGUAUAGCUCCUCUUUUCUUUUCAUGGUUUGCCUUCCUUAUUUCUGAAAGACUUAGUGAAGCCAUAGUCACAGUAAUAAUGGGUAUGGGGAUAGUAUUACACCAUGAAUUUUUUCUCUUACCACAUUAUCCCAACUGGUUCAAAGCCCUGAAGGUAGUAGUCACUUUAUUGGCUACUUUUUCAUUUAUAACCACUUUUGUAGUUAAAAGUAUUUUUCCAGAAAAAGGACAUAAGAGACCUGAUCAAGUAUAAAAAAUAUAAAA